AUGGAUUUCACUAAAGAUGACACCAACCACAUCUCGCUCGACGGAGGUGGUGAGCGAUUGAAUUCCGCCAUCAACGACGACAACGAAUCCAAAACUGUUGUUCACGGCGCCGCCGCCGACGCCGCCGACACCGAUGAUGCUGCCGACACUACCAUUGUCGCAUCCGCCGAGGACUCAACCGCCCAACACAAUGCAUCCACCCCUAACAAGGAGCGCCAUUCCCUAACUCUAGACCAGCGUCGAUCGCUUCGUCGCUGGGCCAAUAGUCAGGUCAUACGCCCAUCGCACAAGGCCUGUAUCGACUGGUUCGAAUCGCAGUACGGCCUCGUCAUAUCCCAAUCGACCGUUUCGCACUCGCUGUCCCCCAAAUACACGCGCCUCGAUGGCGACUCACAACUUUCAGGCUCGCGCUUGCGAUUCGGCAAUUGGCCCGAUGUUGAAAAGUUGGUCCUCGUCUGGCACGCGGACAUGGUGAAUCGAGGUCGCCAGCCGAGUAACGAGGAGCUGGUGCAGAAGGCGACCCAGGUCUUCGAGUCCCUUCCCCGAUACAAGGGCGAGAAGCCUCCUAAUUUCUCCCCUGGUUGGGUCCAUCGAUUCAAGAAACGGUACGGCUUGCUGAUGCGCCGCCGUUCUCGCUUUACCGCGUCUCAUGGCCAAGAUGGUAACAGUCCUGACGGAAAUUCCUUGGACUUGCCGUAUCUCGUCGACCUGAUCCCUCGUAUAAUGAGCCUAACCUCCACAACCCCGCCUGGUGUCAUUCAAGAAACUAUCCAGCGUGUCGUCAGUUUGGAUGUCAGUCUCGACAAUUGCGCACUCAUCCGUGACACGGCCCUCCGUGGAGCUGCUUCCGUUGAACAGCAAUCGCACAUGGAUAUUGCUGCGGCCGCCGCCGCAGUUGCUGCUGCCACCACCUCAGAUGCGCACGACCGGCCGUCCAUGUCUAUUGGGAGUGUGGAGGGAGAGGAAGACGACCCCGAGCUUGCAUUGCAGAAGGCCCUCCGGCAAAUUCAGCAGCAGGAGGAGGCUUCUGUGGUGCAAGCAAGCAGUAGUGAGACACAGAUUGAUGCAUGCUUGAUGCCUCCCCGAAAUGGCGUUGGUACCCUGGUUACCGGCGGAUUUGAGCCUCAUCAACAACAACAUCAUCAUCAAAUUCAACAAUCACCGCCGCAGCCACAGCAAAUAUCUCAGCAACAACAUGGAACGGCGUUGCUUAGGGCGGAGGACGACCUUAAGCUCACUCCUAUACCCAGUGCCAGCGCACCGCAGUUGUCAGGCCCGGAACGCCCCGUGCGGUGCCCGUUCUGUGUAAACACGAGGAUGUUAAGGAGCAUCAAGGAGGCUGUCGAGCAUCUUUCCACCCAUGUGGUUGUUUAA